ACCACGCCCCCUCACCAUUCAUUUCUAUGGCAGACCUCACAGUUAAAAACCAGCAAUCUGUCCCCAUGUAACCACUCACACACUAUACAGGACUGAAGAACACACUGCGCUUGAAUUGAAUCAAACACAUAAAUAGGCAGAAUGAGCAGCACUGCAAAGUUUCUUGCUAAAAGACAGAAUAGAGAAAAAGGUAUUGGAACAAACAAGAAACCGAUACCAUUCCACAAGCAGGACUAUCAGAGUCUGAAACGUCAAUGUUUGGAGAGAAAAACAUUGUUUUGUGAUCCGACCUUCCCUGCGGCUCCUGGGUCUCUGGGCUACAAGGAACUGGGACCAAAUUCCCAGAAGGCACAAGGAGUGGAGUGGAAAAGACCAAAGGAGCUGUGUGCAAACCCUCAGUUUAUUGUGGAUGGCGCCAAGCGGACUGACAUCUGCCAAGGGGCUUUAGGUGACUGUUGGCUUCUGGCAGCCAUUGCCUCUUUGACUCUAAACCACGAUGUUUUGGAGCGUGUAGUCCCGCCUGGUCAGAGCUUUUCGGACGGUUACGCCGGCAUCUUUCACUUUCAGUUCUGGCAGUAUGGUGAAUGGGUGGAUGUUGUCGUUGAUGAUCGUCUGCCUACCAGACAUGGACGGCUGCUGUUUGUUCAGUCAGCAGAGCGUUCAGAGUUCUGGAGCGCCCUGCUGGAGAAGGCCUAUGCAAAGCUCAACGGCUCGUAUGAAGCUCUGGAUGGUGGCCUCAGCAUUGAGGGUUUUAAGGACUUUACGGGAGGUAUUGCUGAGCACUAUGAGCUGAGUAAAGCCCCUCCACAUCUGUUUAAGAUCAUUCAGAAAGCACUUGGGUUGGGCUCCCUGCUUGCCUGCUCCAUUGAUGCUACCAGUGCAAAUCAAAUAGAGGCAGAGACUAGCCUAAAGCUGGUAAAAGGACAUGCAUACUCUGUCACUGGUGCAGAGGAGGUUAACUACCUGGGGCGUCCGGUGCAGCUGGUGCGUCUAAGGAACCCGUGGGGUCGGAUUGAGUGGACGGGUGCAUGGAGUGAUAACUCCAGUGAGUGGAAAAAUGUCCGACCGGAGGUGAAAUCUAAACUGAAUUAUUCAGCUGAGGAUGGAGAAUUCUGGAUUGCAUAUUCAGACUUUGUACGGCAUUUCUCAAGGCUGGAGAUUUGUAAUCUGACUCCAGACACUUUGACCAGUGAUAAGGUGAGGCACUGGAAUUACUGCCAGUUUGACGGCAACUGGAGACCAGGAUCCACCGCAGGAGGCUGCAUUAACAAUAGAGCAACGUUCUCCUCAAACCCUCAGUUUGUGAUCAAGCUUGAGGAUGUUGAUGAUGACCCUUAUGAUGGAGAAGAUGGUUGCACUUUGCUGGUGGGACUGAUGCAGAAAGAUGGGCGCAAAGAUAGACGCAUUGGACGAGCCCUGAAUACCAUUGGUUUUGCCAUCUAUGAGGUUCCAGAUGAGUACAAGGGUCGCAGUAAUGUUCAUCUUGGCUCGGAUGUGCUGCUGCGUAGAAGUCCGCUUCCAGGCAGCAACAAGUUCAUCAGCAUGCGAGAGAUAAGCGGGCGCUUUAAGUUGCCUCCUGGAGAAUAUGUCAUCAUUCCCUCCACUUUUGAGCCCAAUCGCCAAGGAAGUUUUAUACUGCGUGUGUUUACAGAGAAAAAGGCGGCUGCCAGCCCAAUGGAUGUUAAUAUCACUGCAAAUAUUAAAAAGGAUCGCAUAACUGACAAUGAUGUGGACACAAAUUAUAAACAGCUUUUUGUGCAGUUUGCUGGAAAUGACUCAGAGGUGUCUGUGAAGGAGCUACAGCAGAUGCUGAACAACUUUGUCUCUAAAAGAACUGAUAUCAAGUCUGAUGGUUUCAGUAGAGAAACAUGUUAUCAUAUUAUCGACCUGCUAGACAAAAAUGGCAGUGGCAAACUUGGCCUGAUGGAGUUUCACAAACUGUGGAUAAAGAUCCAGAGAUAUUUGGAAAUUUUUAAGAAGCACGACACAGACAAGUCAGGCACUAUGAAUUCCUAUGAGAUGAGAGAUGCACUAAAAGAUGCAGGGUUUCAAGUGAACGGUGAAGUACUUCAGGUGACAAUCUCACAUUAUGGCAAUAAGCAGCAAGCCAUUGACUUUGAUAACUUUGUGGGCUGCCUGAUCCACUUGGAGAUGCUCUUCAAAACAUUUCAAUUAUUCGAUAAUAACACCGGGAAAAUCGAGCUGGAUAUCCUGCAGUGGCUUUGCUUGAGCCUCAAUUAAAAAUCCACAAAUUUCCUGCAAAAACAGAAGAAUUCCCAUCCAGGACAUAGAUGGUAAUGGAGUAAAAUCAGCCCAAGUGUGUUAUAAUUUUGUUAAUGGUGAUGAAUCUAAAAAUCUGAGUUUUGAGUAUUAAUUUUUUACUACAUUUUUUUUAUUACAACAUUUCUUUCAUUAUAAAUUUCUUUUUCUUACCAAUAAUUAUAUUUACUAACAUUGGUAACAUUUUGCAACAAUGAACUAACAAUAAAUGAUACUUCUACAGCAUUUAUUAAUCUAAGUUCAUGUUAAUUUCAGUAUUACAUUUUUUUUAAAUGAUUGUUAAACUGUAAACUGUUCACAUUGGUUAAUGCACAAUUAAUUAACAUGAACAAUUGUAUUAUCAUUAAAGGAACAGUAUGUAGGAUUGUGGCCAAAACUGGUACUGCAAUCACACAACUGGUGGCCAAUACACAACAUGACAAUAUAAACAUCAGUUGAGGGCUGCAACUUCACUUUUUAAAUGAUAAUAUCCUGGCCGGACCACUGUUGUCAGUGAUAUAAGUAUUUGAAAUGAAAAUGAUUUCUUAAUGUCUAGUGACAUAUUAGGGCCAUUUUAUGAUUAAUUGAUAUACAUUUCUUACAUACUGUUCCUUUAACUAACAUUAACAAAGAUGUAAAGUGUAAGCCUAACAUUUACUAUUUUUAUAUAUAUUCAUUCAUUCUAUCAUUUAUUCUUUUUCUUAUUUUUAUUACUGUUUAAUCUUCUGUCGGGUGCUGUAUUGUCUUCACAGGUACAGAUAAGGGAAUGUCUUGGGAAGUUUUGAAAGUACAAAGUGUCUACUAUCUUUGCUUGGUAUAAUAACACCUGUUGAAUCGGUUUAUAUUCAGAUAAAUUUAGACUUAGUAUUGAAAUACAACUACCUGCAAAGUGAUUCAAUAAACUCUCUGCUUAUUUUAUGCUAUCA